UUGAAUAAAUACAUCAGUUUAGCGAUUUUUACUCACUGUCAUCAUGCCUAUUGUGAAUUCAUUAACUGGACUACAAAACAUAAUAUCGAGUAGUCCUAUUUUUAUUUUUCUCAAAAAAGUGACUUCAAUGUUUUAUCUCUUCUUUGGCAAAUAAAGAAAAUGAGUGUAGAAGUCCGAUCCCAUGUUUGAAAGCAUCGACUCAUUGCAGAAUCCCCUUCGAUUAUAGUGGCUUUGAACUUGCAGCUAAACAUGUCGUUCUUUCAUGAGUUCCUCUUCAACUUUAGUACCUCGGAAGUGCUUCACAUGUUUGACAGUGGUGCAUUUUGUAUUCCUGUUGAAAUUAGAGCCGUCGACGACGCUAUACGCACUAUCAUUAAGCGGAAUCCUGAAGAAUUUUGGACAGCCGAAGACUCCGAAAUCUAUGAAAAAAUGCAAAUCGAGUGUACAGCCAUAGUGAGGUCUCGAUGCAUACCACCACCCUUCGAAAGUUUGGGAAUGACCAUCAAGAACAUUCCGACUGAUGCAUCUAGAUUCGAAUACCUCAUAGUAACUGCUGAAAGGUACAUAGAAGAUGAAAUUUAUGGUAUCGUGGAGAGAUCGUUCACGUUAGCUUUCAAACCAAUUAAAAACUGUGAAACCUGGUCAAAGUGUUUUUUGCAGAAUGUCAUGGAAGAACUCUUAGCCUACGUCCUGAGGAAUUUCAAAGAUGAAGACAGAGUUGGAUUUGUUUUUGAAAACCAGAAACCGCUGCCCCACAAAGCUAAAGCAAAAUUUCCAAUAAUAGAAAAACGAAAAUUGAAUACCGUGGUCAUCUUUGCUUGCUUGAUUUGUACUUUCUACCUGGGCAGUUUGUCAAAUGAAAGCGAGACGAUGAUAUUGACAGUUUUGAGGUUGCCAAAACCGUUCCAAAAAAAUUCUUUCGAAGACGACAAUAAAUUGUAUUUUGACGACCUGGUGAGGUAUAUUGUUGGCAAUGAAUAUAAAUGAAAAACGACGUGUUGGUUUCGGCUAUUACAAGUUUUAAUGGAAGUAUGACAUGUGACAACAGAAUCUUCUUCUUCUACUUUUUUUACAAACUCUGAUAUUUCUUUCACGAUAUUAUUUUAUUUCAAUAUCGGGGUUGAUCACAUAAACCGUAGAGGUUUCCUGUUUCACUUAAAAAAAAUGAAACAUGUUCCAUACAUAGUCAGUAACAAUAAACAUUAAUGAUAUUUUUCUGAAACAUCCAAAUCUCAUGCCAUUCUCAUCAAUCAGCAUCAACAGACAUGUAUAAAAAGAAUUAUGCAGAUCAAUACAUUUUAAUGAGUUUAUAGGCAUUUCCAGGAAUUUCUUUCAUUAUUUCAAUAAGACUUCCUUUCAUUCUCAUCUAGUCAUUUAUAGGUGUUUUUGUGAAAUAGUUUUAGGUCCACUAAAAUAUUUUUUCACGUCAACUUCUUUUAAAAAUUUUAGUAUAGCACCACACCCAUUUUUUAGAAAAUCUCUCAUCAGAGUCACCUCCAAGCUGUCAACUUUCAAAAAUUUGAUAGUCUGUUGCAUGUUUUAUGAGACUGACAUGCUGUUUUAUUUUAAUGUGUAUUUUUUUAUUUUCUAUAGGUCUUUAUGUACUGCAGAUGCGUAAUUUUGUAUCCACGUGUUUAAAAAAAAUGUGUCAUACGAUUUUUUUGAAUUGUUUAUUGAAUGUCAUUUUAGUGAAUAAAUAUACCAUUAUUA